GUUCUGUCUCAAAUUCUAGUCAGCCUCAGAAGCCCAUCUAAUAGGCGGCUGAUAUGCAUCGAGACACACACAGCCACAGUGUUUGGGAGUAAAGUGCUCGUUCAGAUCGAGGACGUAACGCCAGUGUACGUGUGGGCUAACUAUUUAUUUUUGCUUCAGAGUUGUUUUGUUUUAUAUCCAGAUAAAUGAAACACUUAUUGAUUUGAAAUGUAGAUUUAAUCGGAUUUUCCCCCUUCUAAAAUAAAUGGACAUUGCAGUGAAAUCGGAGAUAGUAUUCCGCUCUCUCAUUCACAAGUGCGAUGAAUCGCCGAAACUGGCGUUAAACCUCCUGGAGAGUCAGUGUUUUCAGCGAUGCCUCCGCAGGGAGGUGGAGAAUAUAAGCCUGUUCCAGGUACGGUUGUGCCGCCAGUACCCCCGAGGAGAUUCAGGAGCAGAGAUUUGUCUUCCGCGGUAAAGAGCCGCUUCGGAGCGGCAGCGGAGCGCAGGGUGAAGUGCGUGCUGGUCGGUGAUGGUGCAGUGGGUAAAACUAGUCUCGUUGUGAGCUACACCACCAAUGGAUAUCCCACAGAGUAUGUUCCAACAGCGUUUGACAACUUUGCAGCGGUCGUAGCUGUGGAUGGCAAGCCUGUGAAACUUCAGCUUUGUGACACAGCCGGUCAGGAUGAGUUUGACAAGCUCCGGCCGCUGUGUUACACCAAUGCUGACGUCUUCCUUCUCUGCUUCAGUGUGGUAAGUCCCUCCUCUUUCCAAAAUGUGAGGGAGAAGUGGGUGCCUGAGAUCCGCCAGCACUGUCCGAGGGCACCGAUACUGUUGGUGGGCACUCAGGCUGACCUCCGGGAAGACGUCAAAGUGCUCAUCCAACUGGCCCAGUACAAAGAGCGGCCGGUGGACCCCCAGGAGGCCUGCAUGUGUGCUGAGGAAGUGCAGGCCAUCUCGUACAUGGAGUGUUCAGCGCUCACCCAGAAGAAUCUGAAGGAGGUGUUUGACACCGCUAUAGUGGCCAGUGUCCAGUACUCGGACAGCCAGCAGCAGAAAAGACUGAAGAAGCGGACGCCCGAUAAAAUGAGGAAGCUCUCCGAGUCCUGGUGGAAGAAAUACUGCUGUUUGGCGUAGAUGUGAGAAUAUGAUUGCGCACUGUUGAUGUGAAUGCGGUUAGACUGGAACUGGCUUUUAUGAAUAAAAAUGGACGCAGCUCCAUCUGCUUUAUGAGACCGUGUUGGUGGAUUAUCUGGAGCACAUGUGGUCAUGAAAUUAAUCUUUUUAAAAAACAUCUGCCUGCUUUAUGAUGAAAUGGAAAGAUUCAUAGAGCCUCAAAGUUGUUCCGCUUCAUUUUAGGAUCUGCUCUUCAUUUGGAAAGUCCCAAAUUAACCUCAAAUACUCAUGUGAACAAUUUAGGGUGAGAGUCAUCUGUCUUUCUUAACCUUAUCUUUUGUUGAAGAGGGUUUCAAGUGGACUUAAGGAUUGUUUUUCUAUCAAAGAUGUAGUUUAGACUGCCAGAACUUUCCUUCUUCAUUCAGACUCUGUCAAAGCAACCCUAUUGGUUCGUCUGCGCAAAACCGUAGCAUUAUAUUAGUGCUUACAUGAACGGAAUUGUUUGCCUUUGUUAUUCCUCUGUCUUGGAAGAGGAGGGAUCCAGAGCGGGUUCAGUCUGAGAUACUCAAGUGCUCCUUCAUGUAUCUGUCAAAGAAUUAAGUGUGAUGUAGAGUACAAGCAGAUGCUUGGACACACUAUCACCUUGACAUCACUGACAUUUACCUUGUUGUUCUCUGAGGGUGAAUGAUUGUCCAUUUCAGAGACGGCUGGACGCUGGCACAUCUCUCUAGGCUGUCUUGUUUACAUUUGGAGUUGAGUCCAGACCCAAACAUGCUGUGAGGUCAGGGUUUUUUAGAGUAAGUACACCUUACUAGGCCAGUUGGAUUGUAUAUCUGGUCACUGAACCUGGAGUUUCAUCAAAAAGUGUUUUGAGUGAAGCAUUUCAGUGCUGUCAUUGAGUUAGAUGUUAUUGGGUAUUUAUAGGAAUAUACUGUAAUGUUCAUAAGUUUGGGGUUGGUAAGUUAGAUUUUUUUUAUGUUUGUGAAAGAAGUCUCUUGCUCACUAAGAUUGCAUUUAUUAUAAGCUGUAAAGACAGUAAUGUAAAAUAUUACUACAAUAAACAGUUUUCUAUUUUAAUAUAUUUUAAAAGAUAAUUUAUUCAUGUGAUGACAAAGCUGAAUUGUCAGCAGCCAUUACUCCAGU